GGGAUGGUUUGACAUGCUCCAGCAAGUUCUUUGUGGCCACUUCGAUUGCUGUUGAGCGGGAGAGGAUACUGUUGGGAGGGAGUGGCCUCUUCCUCCCAUCAGGAUAAUGCACACAUACCCAGUGUUGAUUUCUGCAGCCACCAUGAGCAACAUGACUGUGCUUGACACUGCUGACCCCUAUGACCUUGACAUGACCUCCUCCGAGGCCAUCUACCCCAUCAGCUUCCAGGUUUCUCUGACAGGCUUCCUGCUUUUGGAGAUAAUUUUGGGCCUAAGCUCCAACCUCACAGUGCUGGUCCUCUACUGUAUGAAACAGAACCUCAUCAGCUCCGUCUCCAACAUCAUCACCAUGAACCUGCAUGUGGUGGAUGUGUUGGUGUGUGUAUGCUGCAUCCCGCUGACAGCGGUGGUGGUGCUACUUCCUUUGGAGGCAGACACUGCCAUGAUCUGCUGUUUCCAUGAGGCCUGCGUCUCCUUUGCAAGCGUAGCUACUGCUGCUAACGUCCUGGCCAUCACUGUGGACCGCUAUGACAUCUCAGUGCGGCCAGCGAACCGUGUGCUUACAAUGGGCCGAGCCGUGGCUCUACUGGGAUCCAUUUGGGCUCUGUCCUUUUUCAGUUUCCUGGUUCCCUUCAUGGAAGUAGGCUUCUUCAUCAAUUCUGGUUCGGACCUUGUGAACCAGACUGUAGUGGUCACAGUGGCUCAUACAAAUGAGUACUACACGGAGCUGGGUCUGUAUUAUCACCUGCUGGCACAGAUCCCUAUAUUCUUUUUUACAGCUGUGGUAAUGCUAGUGACUUACUACAAGAUCCUUCAAGCACUCAAUAUUCGCAUUGGAACACGUUUUCAGCACAACCUACCUAAAAAGAAGCAAAAGAGUAAAAACACAAUCUCUUUGAGCACUGCAACACAAGCAGAGUCGACUGACGCUUCACAGAGCAGCACAGGGGUCAGGGCAGGUGCGAGUGCACCUUUGGGUAUGCGUGCAUCAGUGUCAGUCAUUAUUGCGCUGAGACGAGCAGUAAAGCGUCAUCGGGAGAGACGAGAGAGGCAGAAACGAGUCUUCAGGAUGUCUCUUCUUAUCAUCUCUACGUUCUUACUUUGCUGGACUCCAAUAACUGUGCUCAACACCAUCAUCCUCAGCACUGGGCCCAGUGAUUUGACUGUUCGCCUCCGCUUGGGCUUCCUGGUGAUGGCCUAUGGAACCACCAUCUUUCACCCACUCCUCUAUGCGUUCACUCGGCAGAAAUUCCAAAAGGUUUUAAAGAGCAAGAUGAAGAAGAGGGUGGUGUCUGUAGUCGAAGCUGACCCUACACCAAACAAUGUGGUCAUCCAUAACUCGUGGAUUGACCCCAGGAGGAACAAGAAGGUCACCUUUGAGGACACGGAAGCCAGACAAAAAUGUCUAUGCUCACAGGAUGCGGAGUAAUCGGAUUAACUCAAAUGUAAAUAUGUCAAAUAUGUAGAGUAAAUUGGAAUUGGUUACACUCAUAAGAGUGAAGUAACAGUCUAUGUCUAAAAUUCAGAAGCAGGUGUUUUAGAGGGAAAUACAGAGUAUGGUUUAUGCAAAUAAGGGUGGAAAAUAUUUGGAAAAAAAACAACAAAUGUGACUAUAAUGGGUAAAUAUACUACAAGUCUAAACAAGCUUAACAGAGGUACGCUCACUAACAAUGGAAUACAUAAAUCCUUGGCAGCUUAUUAAUGAAUAAUAAAAUAAUGACCUCAGAAAAGGAGAUGUAUUCCUUGAGAUCAGAGGAAUAAAUAGAUGAGGUGAGGAGUUUCCUUAAUAUACACAUCACAUGUAAAAAGGGAGACUAACAUCAGUUGAUGUGUAUAAGUACAAGGAUUGCAUUUACAGUUAAUUAUUGCCUCAAUACAAAAAAGGUGUCAAAAUACGUGUCAUGUGCACAUGAAGAGGGUAAU